GUGGCGUUGCUCGGGCGCGUGCGCGGGGGCGCCUGCGCCUUCCUGUGGCGCCACAGUUAGGCCCGGAGAGCGUGAGGGCUGCUAUGGCGGCUACGUUCUUUGGGGAGGUAGUGAAGGCCCCAUGCCGAGCUGGGACGGAGGACGAGGAGGAAGACGACGAGGGGAGGAAGGAGACUCCCGAGGACAGGGAGGUCCGGCGGCAGCUGGCGCGGAAGAGUUUUGUCUUGUUUCCCGUGUUAGGGAGGUGCGGCUCCUUCGAAGACAAACGAAAACAUCUUUGGAAGUUUCUCUGCUAGAAAAAUAUCCUUGCUCCAAGUUUAUAAUUGCUAUAGGAAAUAAUGCAGUAGCAUUUUUGUCGUCAUUUGUUACGAGUUCAGGAGUCUGGGAGGAAGUUGGUUGUGCUAAACUCUGGAAUGAAUGGUGUAGAACAACGGACACUGCACAUCUGUCCCCCACAGAGGCUUUUUGCGUGUUUUAUCAUCUGAAAUCGAAUCCCUCGGUUUUGCUUUGUCAGUGCAGCUGCUACGUUGCCGAAGACCAGCAGUAUCAGUGGCUAGAAAAGGUUUUUGGCUCUUGUCCAAGGAAGAAUUUGCAAAUAACUGUUCUCACAUGUCGACAUGUUACCGAUUAUAAAACUUCAGAAUCUACCAGCAGCCUUCAUCCUCCUUUCCUGAAAGCCCUAAAAACACAGAAUUUCAAAGAGCCUCCAUGCUGUUCACUGCUAGAACAACCCAAUAUUGUGCAUGAUCUUCCUGCAGCAGUUCUGAGUUACUGUCAAGUAUGGAAAAUCCCCGCCAUUCUGUACUUGUGUUAUACUGAUGUGAUGAAAUUAGACCUAAUUACAGUUGAAGCUUUUAAGCCUGUACUUUCUUCCAGAAGCUUGAAAGGUUUGGUUAAGAAUAUUCCCCAGAGCACAGAGGUACUGAAGAAAUUGGUGACAACAAAUGAGAUUCAGAGUAACAUUUACACAUGAUUCCAGAGAGUGUUUUGUAAAGUAUGUCACCCAUCCAUUCGUUUACGGGGAGCAACUGCACUGUGUUAUAGGUUACUUUUUUUCAAGCGGGUUAUUCUGAGGGUGUUAAAAACAGAAUAAACUUAUUUAAAUUCA